UACAAACAAUCUUCUCGAUCACGUCAGUCCGUCUUUGAUUUGAGUUUACGAAUGUAAGAAUUCCUGGAAUUCUUUGUCACUAAUCGGAGGAAAGUGUGAUCAUGUCCCAGAGUGAGAGCCAGGGUUCCUUUUUGGAUGAAGUAGGAACAUGGAGUAAAGAUACCUGCAAGCUACGACUGUCAGAGACACUUCCAAAACUUAUUUCUCAGUAUGGAAACGGAGAUGAAGCAACAAUCAAGACAUCAAUACUCAAACUCAUUGUGGGUUCUUUCCUGCCUUGUCUUGAGAUACAAAAUAUAGAAGAGCAACUCUUUGCUCAAAUCCUUCCCCAGACUUGUCAACUGUUUGAUGACACUCUGUCGAAAGUCAAGGAAUCAAUCAAAGACGUUUCAACCCAACAAGACAAUUAUGGCAUCAGAGAAAAAAUGCAAACAUUUCUACAGAUCGCCUUAGGCAUGAUUGAGAGCUUGGGAUCAUGCAUCAGCUACGUCAUUGACGCCCUGAGUGGGGGCGCUCUUUCCUUGGACACAGUACGAACACUGCCCUCGUCUGUGCUUCACAUUGUAAGCAGAUCUUUUCACCACUGCAAAGACAGCAACACCAUAUAUGGGGACCACUUCCCUCAUGUGUCUGAGAUACUAUCGUUGCUCUUCAAGAAGGCGUACGGUUUGCAGAAGUCCCUGACGGUGAUGCUGGAUGCGGUGAAAGUAACUACAGAGGAUGGUGAGGAAUGCAUCGAGGCAAUGGCACAACUUUGCAGCGGGUUCCAUGACUUGUGUAUCAUCAUUGGUGAUAUGGACAGUACAUUACUGGUUAGUACCUGGAGGUUUGUUAUUAAGAUGGUCUGCAAACACAAGGAGCCGCUCAAGAACGUCUUACAGAUCCAUCCCAUAGUAGUCACGCUGUGCUCCGACAUCAAGACAAACUACGAGCAUUGCCUGCGUCUUGCCCCUCAUCCUCCAUCAACUCAGUCCUCCCAGGGAGGAGACGAGAGAGCCUUCACUAAGACCCUCAAGAUCUGCAGUCUCUGCCUUAAGAUGCUGAUGCACCUACUCAAGGAAUUCCAGGGUUACUUGGGACCCUGUCAGAACGAGCUGUACAACUUGAUCAUUCAUCUACAGAGUCUUGCCUCUCCAGGGAUCCAUGCUCCGACCAUCUUCAGCGGCCCUAGCGCUGAGAUUGAUCGAACCUUGCUGAUUUGCAUAGAGCCUCUGCUACAGCUUGUCAUUGACAAUCAGUUAUUCCGGGACGUUGUCACCGCUAAAAACCAAGAGCUUGCAGACACACUUCAGUUCGGAAGACUUCUGACUCUGGUGAAGAUCUUGAAGAUGCUGCCGUCUCGUACAGAGGAAACUAAGACAGCUUGGAUUGAUUCUACCACAGCAUCUUGGGAGCAGCCCAGGGAUUCAGUGAUGCAGGCACUCUUCAGAUCCUAUAAACAUUGUUAUGUCGAGUCGGCCUUACCUGUCAAACUACCGGUUCUUCUGUGCCAGGGUCAGCCACAACAGGAAGUCAGCCUGAGGACGUAUCUGAUCAUCAAUGUGUGUGGAUUCAUCGCAGCGGUCAGUACGCGACAUUUCGGUGUCGUUGAGUGCUGUCUGUUAGAGAACGUAUUGGGUUGUGACUUUGACAGCGCUCUUCUUGCUAUGGACGUGUGGUGCUUUCUAGCUAGGUACGGUUCUGCCAACCUGUGUGCAAGUCAUGUUCAUCAUGUGGCUGACCUCCUGACCUCCAUUCCAGCCAAUCACAGUCCAGGUUACAUACAUAUGAGUAUGUUGCUAUGGCGACUGGUUCCUCUGAUGGCACAGGAACAUCAGGAUGAGUUGAUUUCCAAGUACCCUCCAGAGACGAACUUAGCUCUAUGGAGGCAGCUUCCACUUUUGGCAUUCAGAGAGGAGAAGAGGACACUUAUUGCAGAGGCUGUAGUGUCCCAUGGCUUGGAGCAGUGUGAAGCCUGGCUGGGUAGGACAGAACACACGCUGGGGUUAUUGCAACACCUGGAAUCAGCACUUUCAUGCAUAUUCAGUAUGUACAGGCAGUUUGAAAACACCAAACCACCAGUCAGAUCGCAGCUUACUCAAAAGGUGCAGGGAUUGGUUGUCAGGCUGUGGGAAGCUCUCCCAUUGGACAGAAUCAAAUCAUGUGAUAUUGUCGGCACUCUCAUUAACCUGACAGGGUUACUCUUAACAGAGCUGAACCCAUGUGAUUUGGCAAAGGUGACGAAGCAGCUGUGCACUCUGCAGAAGAAUCCAUCCUUAAAGCUCAGACUGGAUAUUGUCAAUUUACUGCACAGGUUUAGGAAGGUCAAAGUUCAACCUUGUUCCCAGCUGAAGAGUAUCUUGGAUGGUGUGACCGAGUUAUUUUCCAGCGUUCUCAGUGACAAGAAUUGCAUCAUACGUCAGAUGUCGUUGCAAGCCUUCAGCAAGUUUGCAGAGGAAACUGCUCAUGAGUCAGUCGUACCAGAGUGUCUUCAUGUGGAGACAACACAGAACAGAGUGGUGGAUUUCUUGAAUCAGACGCCCCAGGAUUGCUCCAUCAAAAGCGAGGUAGAAUGGCUACAGCAUCAAGCUGAGAAGCUUGUGGAGUACGCCUUAAAGGUGUCAGCUGAGGAGAGAAGGCUACCCUCUGAUGGGACUGUGUGUGAGUGGGCGACUGGAACUUCAGGCGAACAGGAAAGCUGGGAUAAAGAAGGCUCAUCAAGGACUGAAGAGCCUGCAGCUAAGAGGUCAAGGAUGGGACAUAAUGAUGAGGGCUAUCGCCAGGCUAUUGAAGCCAUCAGCACCAGCCUGAAGGUUAUACAGGAGCUGAGAGAGAGCAAGAAUGAUACACCGCCAUCGUGGCUAAGGAUGGAACUAAACACUCUUAGAGAUAGACUGGUAGGCUUGGUUCCAGACUCAUAAUGCUUGAUCAUCUUGUUUAACUCCCAUUCAAAACAAUGUAACCAAACUGAGGCUGGAAGGUAAAAUAGUCUGGACCCGAUGUCAUAGAGCACAAAAAGCAGCUAAUAACAAACACAUUAUGCUUACCAAAGGCAUUGAAAUUUGCUCUUGAAGGAACAGCAAUUUCUCUCUGGUAAGGAGCACUGCUAUGAGGAAAAUAUAAAUUUGCAUUGAAACUUUGCAAAGGGUACCGAGAAAAUUGCUGUGGGUGUCGUGGGUUAUGUCGAGGGCUGUUUUACCACAAUAAGAUUUACCAGUCAAAAAAUAAUAAUUGUGACCGUUUCUUGCUAUUUUUUUGCGUAGCAGAAAAAGGUUGAGCACAAUUUUCAGCUAAGCAACUCUAUGCAAUUGGGGCCAGUGACUGAUUUCACAAAGAUCUAAGGCUAAUCUUUAUGUCAAGUAAGGUGUGAUGUCACUAUUGUAAUACUGACAACUUAUCUUAGUCUUAGUGCUUUGUGAAAUCAUGUAGGUCCAUUUUGGGUUGAAUGCCUUUGUACAAGGGGAACACAAUAAAGCUGUUGGCAUAUUGCUAAACUUGAAACUAUCCCACACGAAUAUGCAAUUAUCAAUUUAACGCAUUAGAAAGUUCCUACUCGGUAAAACUUACACCAAAACUGAUUUCAUGAUUUCAGCAGUGUAAAUAAAAGUAACAAAUAUUUAAAAAUAAAACUCAACAAAAAGAAAACAAAAAGAAAACAUUUGUUUAGAGUUUUUAGCAAUGUACAUGUGUAAAGUUUAAUUAUAAUAUUGUAACUAUUUUGUACUCUAAAAUUAAUUCAAACGCAAGUAUUUUUUCAACCAAAUAAGACUAAAAUUUGUCAGAUAUCCGAAAACGUUAUUAAAAUCAUUCAAUAAUUCACUUUAAAAAAAAUCUUAAUUGUCGCUUGAUCGAAAGCCCUUCUUAUUUCCCCCCUGGUUCUGUUCAGAACCAUCACAACUUGUAAGAGCGAUGUAUGUACAUAGUGUUACCUGAAAUUCUACUAGAAAGCUAUAUCAAAAUUCAAGAAAAAUGUAAUAAUUAUAGAAAAACGAUGUAUGCAUAAAAAAAAGGCCAUAAUUAUCAUAAAUCACAAUAAUUGUAACAUUUAUGCUGAUAUUAACAAACAUGAUUUCAGCAACUCUGAAAAGAAAACAA